UGUGUUCCAGGAUGUGGAGAAGGAGCUGGAGGCGCAGAUUGGGAUGCGGCAGGAGAUGGAGCUGGCCAUGAAGAUGCUGGAGAAGGAUGUCUGUGAGAAGCAGGAUGCGCUGGUGGCACUCAGACAGCAGCUGGAUGAUCUCAGGGCUCUAAAGCAUGAACUGUCUUUCAAGCUGCAGAGUUCAGACAUGGGAGUGAAACAGAAGAGCGAGUUAAACAGCCGCUUGGAAGAAAAAACAAAUCAGAUGGCUGCCACCAUCAAACAGCUGGAACAAAGUGAAAAGGAUUUGGUGAAACAGGCAAAAACCUUAAAUAGUGUAGCAAACAAACUGAUCCAGAAGCAUCAUUAGACAUUUUUAUGUCUGGCCACCUCACAGCUCUGACAU